CGAGCGUCCGGUGUCGUACAUUUUGCAGAAUCACCAUGGCGUCUGUAUUGAAAGAGACCGCGGGGCUAUAUGAAACAUUGAAAACGGAAUGGAACAAGAAAAAUCCAAAUCUGAACAAAUGUGGAGAAAUUUUGAGCAAGCUCAAGAUCUCGUUAUUGGAGUUAAACUUCUUACCAACGACUGGAACUAAGCUCACCAAACAGCAGCUUAUUUUAGCUCGUGAUGUUCUGGAGAUCGGGGCUCUGUGGGCUAUUCUGAAGAAGGACAUCCCUUCCUUUGAGAGAUACAUGGCCCAGCUCAAAUGUUACUACUUUGAUUACAAGGAUGAGUUGCCAGAGUCGGCCUACAUGCACCAGCUGCUGGGUCUGAACCUCCUCUUUCUGCUGUCCCAGAACCGUGUGUCAGAGUUCCACACAGAGCUGGAGAGGCUGACUGCUAAAGACAUCCAGACCAAUGUCUACAUCCGCCACCCUGUCUCCUUAGAGCAGUACCUGAUGGAGGGAAGUUACAACAAGGUGUUUCUGGCCAAAGGUAACAUCCCCGCUGAGAGCUACACCUUCUUCAUAGACAUUCUGCUUGACACCAUCCGUGAUGAGAUUGCUGGGUGCAUAGAAAAGGCUUAUAAACAGAUUCAGUUCAACGAAGCUACCAGAGUACUUUUCUUCUCCUCCCCAAACAACAUGACAGAGUAUGCCAACAAGAGGGGCUGGACCCAGAGCCCAGAUGACUACUACUCGUUCAGCAACCAACAGCAGAGGACAGAGGAAGUCAACAUCCCCUCCACCGAGCUGGCUACGCAGGUCAUCGAAUAUGCACGGCAGCUGGAGAUGAUUGUGUAGAGAGGGCGCCGUACUACAGAAGCUAGCUAUAUAUUCAUGACACAGACACAUACAUACAUAUAGUCCUCAAAUGUUGACAGAUUGUCAGACUGGUAGAUUUUCCGACACUUUGUCAUUCUGUACCACUGAACCUGCUUCUCACGGCUCCGAUAAAGAGACGAGGCGUGUGUUUUUUUACAUCCUAGUCUGACAGUGUGUUUACGCAUCGCAGUAAUGUACUGAAAUAAAGUCAUCACUUCACAACUAAGGCCAGUCUGUUCAGCGGCUCCUGACAGCUUUGUCCACCUUUUAGGAAUUACCCUGAGUUUAAAGAUUGACGUGUUGGCACAUUCUAAUGUCCCAAGUUUCCAUUUACCCUGACUGCUUUGAGGAACGUUUUGGAGGGUUUAUGUCUAGGGAAUAGGGUGUAAUUUGCCAUUUUCCUCUCAAGUCCAUUUACUAAUUCAUAGUGUGCUGAAGCACAGUGGCCAAUAUAGUGGUGGUCUUCCACGUGUCUCUAAAUGGUUGACGUUCCUGCAUUACACCUGCUAUUGGCUUCUCCUUGUCCUCUGAGGUAUCAUCUUAAAACUCUGGGGGUUUCAAUGCCCUGGCCACUGACGAAGAGAAUUGCUGUAAAAGUAUUUGUUUAAUGUCUUGCUCCACCUCCUCAAUGGUUUGUAAUCUAAUUAAUCUGGAAAAUACAAAAUGUUUGUUUCUGAAAGAUUAUCAACAUUUUAAAAUAAAAUCUUUUUUUUUUCUGAC